AUGACAGUAGCCUUUGUGAGGGUCGGGGCGGAGCCGUCUUUGCCGAUGUAUGUGCUACUAGUGAUAUUGAAUAUAGUACUGAGUAACGCACUGGAUGUGGACUUCAAUUCGAGCGAGUCUAUAUGUGACGCUACGAAGUUGAUCCAGGUGGGUAUACUCGACUACUAUGAGGGACUGAGGCCGGGCGGUAGGGUGGGCUUUUUUCAAAAACCCUACUAUUGGUGGAUGGCGGGAGAGGCCUUUGGGGGAAUGGUAGAAAAUUGGUAUCUAUGCAACAACACGGAGUACCAGGACUUACUGACUGACGCCAUGGUGUCUCAAAUAGGCGAAAAUAAGGAUUAUGUGCCGUCGCACCAGAAGAUGAUAGAGGGCAAUGAUGACCAGGGCAUCUGGGGGCUGCUGGUUAUGGGCGCGGCGGAGAGGAAUUUCCCCGAUGCGCCCCCGGAGCGAGCCCCAGGCUGGCUGGCUCUUGCACAAGCCGUCUUUAACACCAUGUGGGCUCGGUGGGAUCCAGAGAAUUGUGGAGGUGGAUUGCGGUGGCAGAUAUUUCCAUGGAACAAUGGGUACGAUUAUAAAAAUACAAUUUCCAAUGCCUGUCUUUUCCAGAUCGCCGCUAGACUGGCGCGCUUCACGGGGAACUCUACGUACCAGGAUGUUGCCGAAACUGUUUUCGACUGGCUCGUGGACUCAAAGCUAGUGCAAUUGGAGAAUGACGCAAAGGUGCUGGAUGGCGCACAUAUCUCGGAGCGUUGCGAGGACCACUCCAAGCUCGAAUGGACGUACAAUCACGGAGUGGUACUUGCUGGAUGCGCGUACAUGUACAAUAUCACCAAUGGCUCAGCUGUGUGGGGAGAUAGGCUGAAUAAAGUCCUGAAUGGAUCACUGUUGUUCUUUCCGAAUGGUAUUUUGUAUGAGCGCGCAUGCCAGGAUGUUCAAAAAUGCAAUGAUGACCAACGCUCUUUUAGAAGUAUAUUCUCCAGGAUGCUCGCUCUGACCAGUGUACUGGCGCCACACACCAAAGCGCGCAUCGAGCCCAAUAUCAGGAAAAGCGCUGAAGCGGCAGCCAAGUCAUGCAGUGGUGGACGUGAUGGGCACACCUGCGGCAUGGUGUGGAGAAACUACACUUGGGAUGGCAAGUAUGGACUUGGAGAACAGCUUUCCGCGUUGGAGAUUAUCCAAAACACACUGAUACACACCAAGCCGCCUCCGACGACUGCCAAUGAGGGAGCCAAAAGCAAAGGAGACCCGUCGGCCGGCCUGUAUGACAAUUCACCUAAUAUUAUUACACUCUCCACUCGCCAAAUUGGCUUGAAGGACCGUGUCGGAGCAGGGUUUAUGACAGUAGUACUUCUGAUUCCGUUUAUCACCGGGUCGAUUUGGAUGUCCAUAUAG